AUGACCAACUUCAAGAUCCAGAUCAUCUCUGACACUGUCUGCCCUUGGUGCUACGUAGGCUACCGCCGCCUCUCCCGCGCCAUAACAGCCCACCAAACCAACAACCCAAAUGACACCUUCACCCUAACCUGGAACGCAUUCUACCUCAACCCGGCCUCCGCCGAAUACCCCGGCGUCAACAAAGCCGAAAUGUACGCCGCGAAAUUCGGGCCCGAGCGCAGAACAGCUAUAUUCUCGCGCCUAUCCGCCGUCGGCGAAACAGAGGGCAUCAAGUUCAAUUUUGGCGGGAACACGGGGAAAACGCGCGAUUCGCACCGGUUGCUUUGGUAUGCGGGGCAAUUGGAGGAGGCGAAGCGGGGGGGGGGGUUUGUGGGAGGACUGCAAACGCGGGUUGCGGAGAAAUUGUUUCGCGCGUACUUUGAGGAUGAGAAGAAUAUUACUGAUCCGCGGGUUUUGCUGGAGGCCGGUGUGGAGGCGGGGUUGGAUCAGGAGGAGGUGAAGAAGUUGUUGGAUUCAGAGGAUGGGGGCGCUGAGGUUGAUUCUGAGGCGAAGACGGCGGCGCGCCGGUUGGUGACUGGCGUGCCGUAUUUUUCGAUUCAGGGCAAGUAUUCGGUGGAAGGGGCGGAUGAGCCGGAGACCUUUUUGGAGGUGUUUGAGCAGGUGAAGGAGGAUGAGAAGGUGUAA